UGCACGAGAUGUUUUAACCUUGUAGUUUCUAUUUUUCCUUUUCAAUAAUAUAUGGUAGUCAAAGUCUCCAGACGACUUUAGGCGUCGGGUCUGUCCUCGUGUAAUUACGAAAUUGCCACGAAGGUGCGUCAAGAUGCGACCAACUCGUCAAACAUUAAACCCGCAGACUCAGCGUGUAGUCGGUCUCCCUCGUCGUUUCUCACAUUUAUCAACUUAUUAUAUUUACUAUAUACUAUACGCUUCCUAUGAAUAUUUCAAACUUGCCCAACCCCAAUAUAUAUAUAUAUACACACACAUAUAUAUAUUCCCGCCGUUGCCAGAAAAAAAAAAAAAAAAAAAAAAAAAAAAAGAAGAGAGAAGAUGAAUAACAGAAGUAAACGAGAAGAGUACGAAAGGGUAUUCAACUGCUUCGAUAAGAACAGAGACGGGAAACUGUCGGAGUCGGAGAUCGACGAGUACUUGGGAGAGGCCACGAAGGAGGAUACUCCGAGGGAGAAAGAGGGUUCGCUGGGAUUGGAGGAGUUCGUGAGGUUAGUGGAAGAAGGAGAAGAGAGGGAGAAGGAGAGGGACAUGAAGAAGGCGUUCGACGUGUACGCGGCCAUGGAUGAGCAGUGCAUCACGCCUCUCAGCUUGAAGGUUGCGCUCUCCAGGCUGGGCCAUCCCCACUCCCUCCGCCGCUGCCAGCUCAUGAUUUCCCGUUUUGAUCUCGACGGCGACGGCCUCAUCUCCCUUGACGAGUUCAGGUCCAUGCUCAUGCAUUAGCCUUCAUCUUUGUGUACAUAUAUACCCUCUCUUUCAUUAUUUAUUUCCACCUCCUCUGAUUUUCAUAUGUAUAUUAUUUUCUAAU